CCAACUCCUCCACAAUGCCAGGCGCAGCAGCUUCAAUAGAGCAGGAGCUGGACAAGCUUAGCCUGUCUUCCAAUCCGGACCAGCUGAUCGCAGCAUUCGAAGCUGAUGCCGAUCAGAGGAGCAGGGCCUUGGCCACUCUGAGCCUUUCGCGAGCUGCCUCGGAUCAGGCGAGUCUGGCGUCCUUGUAUGCGCCUUUGGCUUCACGACUGGAGGAUGUGGCAGAGGCAAAAGGAUACGCUGCAGCGCUCAGACUUCUCUCAACUCUAUCUAGCAUCUCUCCACCAGCCGUGCAAGGUAUCCUGUUUGCAAAUGCUGCUGUCCGCCCGCUUUGGACCAGCGCCUUCCCCAAGGUCACCAGCCCAGAUCCGCUGCUUGACCUCCUUCGUGCCGACCUUCUAGCUGCGCUCGUCAGCGAUGCAGCAAUGAAGACCGAUGUGCUCAAGGCCAAGGAGCUUGUGGCCUGGCUGCGAGCUGCAGGCCCACAACAUAGCGAGACUGAGGACGAACGCGUUGCUCUAGUCGCUCACCUGGCCCUCUACAAGCUGCACCAACGACCUUCGAGCAGUCAGCUCCCUGCCGAUGCAGGGGAGGAACUCCAGAGAUCAAGCUCAGACGAUGAUACUCUGCUUCUCCUCUCAAGAAGCCAGGUACUCACCGCCAACGCUCAAGCUCUCGCCGACGAGUCGUCGCGCAUCUCCCUACUCGCCGCCCUCGAAGCGCUGAGCUACCUUUCUUCCGGCCCACCAUCAAGGAAGGACCUCAUUGCCAACGAUGCACCCUUCUUGCAAGCUCUAUGCGCAAUGCCUGGUAAGCUAGGCCAGCAGAAAAAUAGAAGAGCAGUCUUCCCGUCCCGAGGAGGUGACGAGGGAAAGGCGAGCAGCAGCUAUCAAAUGGACUCUACCCUCUCAAAGGCGGACGGGCUUGCACCAGCAGACACGUCCGUGCAGUACGCCCUGUCAACAAUCAUCCUGAACCUCGUGGCCUAUCCGCCCGCUCUGACUGGUGAGGAGAAGCAGAUGCAGAAGCUGAAAGCGAUGGCAAAUGCGAAGCAGCAGGAGAAGGGGCAAGGCGGCCAAUCAGCGCCGCAGGAGGAGGCAGAGCCCAGUGCGAAGAUUGAUGCGAGGGUCAACAAGGCAAUGCAGGCUGGCGUAGCGGAUACGCUUGUAUCCCUCGUUCUUUCUGGCGGUGUGGACGCAAGCAACUCGACGGCACUCAACCCAUCCACAGCUGUACGCGAUACCGUCUCCAACGCUCUGCUGAACCUGACAGUCAAGCAAGACAAGCAACAACGCGGCCGGCUCGCUCAAGCGGGAGGGGCGAAGGCUCUCGUAGCGCUGAGCAGCGAUGUUAUUGCCAGACUGAAGCAGCAACGAGAGCGAAAGCAAGAGAACCAGAGCAAGACGGGCUCCACACCUCAGCCAGCAUCAGCGUCGGCAGGAGUACCCCCGCCCCUCUCCUCGCUACAAGCUCUGGCCCGUCUGUGCGUCACCCACUCCCCGGCUCUCCUCUUUGGCGGAGGCUCCUCCGGGAGUUCAGCAUCCUCAACCGCAGUAAGCGCCACACUCCCCUUCCUCACCGCCUUGUACCUCCAUCUCACCUCCAACCCUUUGCAACGCUUCGAAGCCUUGCUAGCGCUCACGAACGUGGCUAGCCUCUCACCUGAGGCCGGGCGGGCGGUUGCGAGCGCGAAGCUUCGAGAUGAAUUGAAAGGGCAGAAGGGAGGGCUGGCAGGAGGAGAAGGACCGACAACGAUUCUUGAUGGCUUGGAGAGCUCCAUUCUGCUGGAGGGAAACGACAUGAUUCGCCGUGCAGCAGUCGAGCUGCUGUGCAACUUGGUGCAGGAUGAGACGGCGUUCGCGCGAUGGAGCGGUGAGGAAGAGAAUGAGGCCAGCUCCAAGGCCCAAAGAAAGCCGCAGCAGAUUACCUCAGCAGAAGGAGGCGAAGAGAGGAGCAGCGAGGGGAGUCGGGCCCGCCACCGUCUUCACCUCCUGGUAGCCCUCUGCGCUCCUGCGGCUGCCAAUGCCAUGAGCGGUGAGACGUCAUUACCUACUCGUAUGGCCUCAGCAGGUGCAGUAGCUACUCUGUGCUCCAGCGCUAUAGCUUGCGAGCAUCUCCUCUCUUUGCGCGCUCGGACGCUCAAUAUCGUAGCGCGCCUCAUACGACCGGGGGUCGCCGUCAAAGCUGGAGCUGGAGGGCAGCAGGAGGCGAAGAUUGUCGAGCUGACGGAGGGCGAUCACGAAGUCUUGCCUGACUCCAAUGGGGGUGAAAGCGACGACGAUGUAGUAGACGAGGAAGAGGAAUCCGGCCUAGAGCAACAAGACGCCGUCUCUUGGGCACAAGGCGCCUCGCAUGCCCGUGCAAGCCUGGCCUUGCGGGGCGUCACUAUUGCGAGCUGUCUUGUGCAGUACGUCGCUUGGAGGCGCGAGCAGAAGAAGGGCGAUGUGGGGGUAUUCAAAGCGGAGCUCGAGGGCUGUGGAAUGCUGGAAGCGUUGAAGGGCGCAGCAUUAGAGGGGGCGAGGGAAAUGCAGCAAGGCGCUGCGGGGCAGGGUGUCAAGGAGGGAGCGGCUGAACAGGAGGCACGCGCGAUGCGUGGGGAGGUCACACGACUCUGUAUCGAGGCAUUGAAAGAGAUGAGCAAGUGGUAGAGCAGAGCAUAUCAUAUUUGUAGCAUUAGGCAAUCGAUCGAGAAAAGUCAGGG